GAUAAAGCUAUGGAAGCAUCUGAUAACAAGCUUGAGCUUCAAUUAAUGGAGGCUGGGACUCGGCUCUUUGAGCCUCCUUCAUCAGUUGAUGAGCUCAUUCUCUCCUUGACAAAGUUGAGAGUUGUCUUUCAAUGGUGGAACAAUCACCAAGCCAAUCAAUGCAAAAUGCACAGUAUCUAGCACUCAAAGCCUUGGUGGCAGAGCAACUUUUGAAACAUCCUGAUAAUGAUGUCAAAGUUGCAGUUGCGGCUUGCAUCGUCGAGAUAACAAGGAUAACUGCACCUGAUGCCCCUUAUGAUGAUGACCAGAUGAGGGAGGUCUUUCAACUGAUUGUAUCAACGUUUGAAAGCUUGUCCGACAAGUCCAGCCGAUCAUUCAAUAAGAGGAUCUUGGUUCUUGAAACUGUUGCCGAAGUCCGAUUAUGUGUGGUGAUGUUGGAUCUCGAAUGCAACGCCCUAAUCAUCGAAAUAUUCCAGCAUUUCCUUAAGUUAAUAAGGGAUCAUCAACCAGAGACCAUCUUUGCAUCGACGGCGACUAUCAUGACCCUUGUACUGGAAGAAAGUGAAGACAUCUCUGUGGAGAUGCUCUUUCCAAUUUUAGCUUGUGUAAAGAGGGAUAAUGAGGAAGUUGUUUCUGUGUCUAGGGAGUUGGCAAAGAGGGUGCUUGAGAACUGUGAGUCAAAGCUGAAACCUUAUCUAAUGGAGAACUGGGGCAAUUUUUGGGAUGAUUAUAGUAGUGUUAUAGCUUCUAUAUCUCAAGUGGCACCUAGUGCUGUGCCUGUGGUGGAUCAGAAUGAUGUUGUUUUUGGAAAAUGUGAGGAUGAUGAACAUGAACAACGACGAAUAUCUGGAGAAGAAGGAAAUGUGAUGGAAGAUUUAAUAUUUGAAAACAUGUUAUUGAAAGAAAAUAGAAGUUUGAGGAUAGAGAAUAUGAGUUUGAAAGAUAAGAUCAGUGAAAUUAUCUCCAAAACAAACAAAAUCAUAUUCCUUUGUAAAAUUGGCAUGAUUGUGUCAUGGAUGGUGUUUUUGUUGCAUCUGUGGUUCUAA